AUGCCAGUUCACAGAUCUCCGGAGGAGCAGCUGGCGGAAGUGCCGGCCCAGCAGUUCACCCGGAGGAACGUCCAAAGGAGCAUCCGCAACAAGCUGCGGACCCCGUGGGCCCUAGAGGAAUGUGCCUCCUCCCUGAGCAAACCCCGGGACCCCAGGAAGGCCUGCAGGAGGGUGGGCGUUCCCAUAGUGGCUACCAUCCUAACACUCCUGGUCAUUGUUGCUGCCGCCGUGGUCACCGACUUUCUUCCUGACCCCAUCCCCACUCCCCUAGUCAAGAUGGUUCUGGAUCACAACUACUUCCUCUGCCGAGACUCCUUCCACUUCAUCCCACUCCAGCAGCUGUGCGACAGGCGGCCUGACUGCUCUUCCGGAGAAGAUGAGCAGAAUUGCGUCCAGAGCGUCUCCGAAGGGCCCCCCGUAGGAGUCCGUCUCUCCAAGGACAGAUUCACGCUGCAGGUGCUAGACGCAACUUCGGGGGCCUGGUCGCUCGUCUGUUUUGACAACUUCACUUUGGCAUUAGCUAAGGUGGCCUGUCGCCAGAUGGGCUACACCAGUCAAACCGGUCACCCCUCUUUCGAGCCCGUGGGAGUUGGGCCUGAUCCAACCGUUGACAGCCUUGUGGUAACCGAGGGCGACCAUGGUCUCCAGGUUCCAGACCUUAGGGGCCCGUGUCCAUCCAGUUCCGUGGUCUCCCUCCACUGCAUGGUCUGCGGCGAGAACCUGCGGGCCCCACGGGUCGUGGGCGGGGAGCCGGCCGCAGAGGGGGUUUGGCCGUGGCAGGUCAGUGUCCAGCACCUAAAGCAGCACAGAUGUGGUGGCAGCAUCCUCAGCCCCCUCUGGAUCCUGACAGCUGCCCACUGCUUCAAGAACAACCCCGUAGUGACUCAGUGGCAAGUCGCAUUCGGCUCCAAUGUGCUGUCCGACUUCCCCGCCCGGGCGGUGGCCAAGAUCUUCAUCAUUGAGCUGAACAACACUUCCCCCAAGGAUGGGGACAUUGCUCUGGUCAAGCUGGAAACACCCCUCGUCCUGUCAGAUACGGUCAGACCCAUCUGCCUGCCCUUCUUUGAUGAAGAGCUGCCAGUAGCCACCCCGCUGUGGGUCACAGGUUGGGGGUACACGGAACAGGGUGGAGGAAAGAUGUCCAGCAACCUGCAGCAGGCCCUGAUCGAAGUCAUCGACAACAAGCGCUGCAACGCGGCAGACGCCUAUCAGGGCGACGUUACGGAAAAGAUGAUCUGCGCUGGCAUCAUCGGGGGCGGAGUGGACACUUGCCAGGGUGACAGCGGCGGACCCCUCAUGUACGAAGCGGAGAACUGGCAGGUGGUGGGCAUUGUCAGCUGGGGACACGGCUGCGGGGGGCCUAGCACCCCCGGGGUCUACACCAAAGUCCGGUCUUACCUCAACUGGAUCGCCACCGUCAGAAAGCAGCAUUCACACUCGGAGCCUCGGUGUGCCACCUCCACGCCCACCCUGCCUCCUGGCCCGGGGCAGCGCGGUGCCAGGCCUACCAUACUGUCCCGACCACUCCGUGACAAAAACUAUAAGCUGACCUCCAGCAUUCACACUAUCUAUGUCCUGACUAAAAAACCUCACUUCCUCAAAGAACGAGUUCGUUUAAACUCGUUCACCUUCGUGGUCACCGAUUAG